AUGAAGAACCAGAGCACCAUGGUGGAAUUCAUCAUCUUGGGCCUGUCCAACAGCCGCCGUUUAAACACCGCCCUGUUUGCGGUUCUAUUAGUUAUCUUCCUGUUGACGAUAAUGGGUAACAUCACUGUUGUCAGCCUCUCCCUGGUGGACCAUUGCCUCCAAUCGCCCAUGUAUUUCUUCCUCAGGAACUUCUCCCUCUUGGAAAUCUGCUUCAGCUUAGCCAUCAUGCCCAGGUUCCUCUAUAGCCUCCUGACAGAGAGAAAAUCUAUUUCCCUCCCUGGUUGUUUCCUUCAGUUGUUGUUGUUCUUCCUCCUGGGCACCUGUAUAUUUUUCCAUGUGGGUAUGAUGUCCUUUGACCGCUACAUGGCUAUCUGCCAUCCCUUGCGCUAUGGCACCAUCAUGAAUGGCAGGGUCUGCUUCCAGUUAGUGCUGGGCUGCUGGGUGAUGAGUUUUCUAUUGUGCUUUCCUCCAACGUUUAUGGUUGUGCUGUUACCAUUCUGUGGCCCCAAUGUCAUAAACCACUUCUACUGCGACACGGCCCCAUUGCUCCAACUCUCCUGCAGGGAUACAGGACAUAUUGAGGUGAUGAUCUUGGUUUCAGCAACAGUUAUCUUACUUGGUACUUUAACAGUCACUAUCAUUUCCUAUGGCUGCAUCAUCUCCACUAUCAUGCGCAUCCCGUCCACCACAGGAAGGAAAACUUCUAGUCCUAAAUUCAAUGGACUGAAACCACUGGUCAUUGUCCUCUUUAGAGCAGCCUUUCAUGUAUUUAAAGAUUGUUCUCAAGUCUCUCCUCUGUCUUCUUUUCUCAAACUGAAUAGGCCUCGUUAUUUUAACCUUUCCCACAGGUCAGGUUUUCAAAUCUUGGUAUCAUUUGGUCUCUCCUCUGGACUCUCUCCAAUGUGUCCACAUCUUUCUUUUAAGUGA